GAUUAAUUAACUUUAGUAUAAUUUUAAUAUUGGUUUUAAUAUCAAAUUAUGGAGGAUCAUUGGAUAGAAUCGUUGAAAAUGAAAUUCGUAAACAUUGAUACAUCGACGCUCAAAGGAUUAUUACUGUCCACAGUAGAAAAACUAGAUGAAAUUAAAAAAGACCAAAAUCAACGAUUCAAUGAGGAUGAAACUAAGAUUAAGGAAUUAACGUCAAACUUGGCUGCUACGAAAGAGACACUGCAUAUGGAAAUUCAAACUUUAGAGAGCAAGAAUAAUAAGUUAUCAGAAGAGAAGAAUUAUUUAGAUGAGCUGGAAGCAGAGAACAAGAAACUCUUACAAGAGAUUAAACAGUUGGAAGGGAAACGUACUAACUUGAUGUCUAUUAAACCAAAUUUACAAGAUCAACAAUUGCUGGAACAAGGAAGGAAAAAGUUGAAUUUGUAUAAGGACUUAACAAGGAUACAGUGGGAUUUUGAAGCUAUACAUUCAAAGCACAGUAUUCAAGGCUACGUUUCAAACAGACGCGACUACAUUCACCAUUUCUGUUAUGAUACUCAAGAGAUUAAUAAAGAGUUAACCGACUCACUGUGGCAUGAAAUAUAUUUGUCUACGAGCGAAGCUGAAGUCAGAAAUGAGAAUCUUCCACCAAACUAGUAUAAAUAUUAUAUCUAAACAAGAUGAUACAAUUUUAAUACUUGAUUACUUUUAGAAAUAGAUAAUAUAUGAAGAUGUAUAUUGAUCUAGGAUAAGGUGAUACAAUUUCAUAAUAUAAUUCUGAACGAAAUAAAAUUUGAAUUGAAUUUUUGAGAUACAGGUUUAAUAAUCCUCUUUGUGUGGACAAGAUUCUGAAGAGUAGAACAAAGAAAAAAAUUGAACUUGAAUUUCGGAAAUUGAAUUAAACUCUUUUAUUUCGUUCAGAAUUGUACCGUGUUCAAAAUUAUAUCACCUUAUCCUGUAUAUAUUUGUGCUAAACCUGUAAUAAUAAACACUUUAAUUUUUA